AUGGCAACUACCGAUUCGCAAGAGUCGAAAUGUGACGUGAUGAUGCUUGCGACAUGGAUGGCGAGAUGCGGCAUCAAUGCUCGCAUUGUGGACAAGCGCGGUACCAAGAUCUAUGCUGGUCAAGCCGAUGGGCUGCAGCUACGUAGUCUGGAGAUUUUCGAUAGCUUUGGCUUUGCAGACAGAGCAUGGAAAGAGGCAAACCAUUUGAUAGAGUUCUGCAUGUGGAAUCCCGGCGAAGAUGGUUUGAUACGUCGCUCAGAUCGCGUACCGGAUGUACCCGUUGGUCUCUCCCGAUUCAAGGAGAUUGUACUCCACCAAGGCCGGAUCGAGCGCUUCUUCCUUGACCAUAUCAAAAAGCAUACCAAGAACUCGUUACAAGUCGAGCGUGGCGUGCUUCCCGAAGCGCUCCAUAUCGAUGACAAUCUAGUCAGCGACCACUCCUCCGAUAACUACCCAAUUACUGUGCAGCUGCGAUAUCUUAGCGAAGAAGAAGCGAAGCCGGCCCAGAGCAAGGGAUCAGUUGUCAACGAUGGCCUUUUCAGGAGCAAUCUUGCAGAGGACGACACGGAAGAUUUGAUUGCAAACAGCAGAAAGAACCAGAGCGGUACAGAGACUGUAAAGGCAAAAUACGUCGUGGGCUGCGAUGGCGCCCAUAGCUGGACCAGAAAACAGCUCGGAUUUGAGCUCGAAGGAGAGCCAACGGACCACAUCUGGGGUGUCCUUGACAUCAUUCCCAUUACCGACUUCCCUGAUGUGCGGAUGCGUUGCGCUAUACACAGCGCAUCUGCUGGAUCCAUGAUGAUCAUUCCCCGCGAGAACAAGAUGGCUCGUCUCUAUAUUCAGCUUACGGAAAUCAAGCCUGAUGCCAGUGGCCGGGCAGACCGGUCGAAGAUUACCCCAGAAACCAUUAUCACGGCUGCACAGAAGAUCAUCGCGCCCUACAAGCUGACGUACGAGUACUGCGACUGGUGGACAGCGUACCAGAUUGGUCAGCGUGUAGGCAAGAACUUUGAGCGUGAUAGCCGUGUAUUCCUGGCUGGUGAUGCCGUGCAUACACACUCGCCCAAGGCUGGUCAAGGUAUGAACGUGUCAAUGCAGGAUGCGUACAAUCUCGGCUGGAAGCUGGGCUUGGUGGUCAAGGGAGUUGCCCAACCUAGCAUUUUGAAAACAUAUCAGUCUGAGCGGAGGCGGAUUGCACAGGAUCUCAUUGCCUUUGAUCACAAGUUUUCGCGACUGUUCUCCGGCCGACCGGCCAAAGACCUCAUGGAUGAAGAGGGUGUGAGCAUGUCGGAAUUCAAAGAGGCCUUCCUCAAGGGCAACUUAUUUGCAACCGGUCUCUCAGUCGAUUACGGAACGAGCAUGCUAGUAGGCAAAGCAGGCAACGCCGCCGAGCAAGGCGACGGCACCGACGUCUCAUCCGAGAUCCAGCUCGUCGGCAAGCAAGAGCUCGCGUCCAAGACGCCACUGGGCAUGCGCUUCCCCAACUACCAAGUGCUAAACCAAGCCAGCGCUCGCGCAUACGACUUCCAGCCCAAACUCGCGAGUGACGGUCGCUUCCGCAUCAUCGUCUUCGCCGGUAAUGUAGUUAAUCCCUCGCAGAGCGCCCGCCUACAAGCCUUUUGCAAGUACAUGACCUCAUCACCAAUACUGGCUCCUCAUCUUCACAAGAACAUUGAGGUGCUUACUCUGCAUUCGUCCAAGCGCAUCGACGUCGAACUUCUCAAGGACUUCCCAGAGGUGCUACAUCCGUUUGAUGCACGGACGGGAUGGGACUACGACAAGGUCUAUGUAGAUGAUGAAGCGUACCACGAGGGCUUUGGUGAUGCGUAUGGCGGGUAUGGGGUAGGUAGGGAGACGGGAUGCGUAGUUGUUACGAGGCCGGAUCAAUAUGUGGGGUUCAUUGAUGGGGUGGAUGAGGAGGGGGCCAAGGGCGUGGAAGGGUACUUUGAGGGGAUACUUGUGGGGUAG